AUGGCUAUCCCCGCUCUCUCAGGUAUCGCCCACGGGUCUAUCCACGACAUCCGUCACAAGGUUGAGAGCCAGGACCUACGAAAGCACAUCGUGGACUGUCUUUCCUCGGAACAUCCUUCCCUGCCGUCUCUACUUCUCUGGGACGACAAAGGGCAACACCUCUUCGAUCAAUUUUGCCGGUCACCCACGUACUACCCCUUCCAUAACGAGCUGCAAGUGUUCAGAGACAAGGCAGAGGAGAUCACGGCCCAGAUCCCAUCGGGGAGUACUCUGAUCGAGUUAGGGGCUGGAUGCGCCCACAAGACAGCAGUCAUUCUAUCCACUCUACACCGACAGCAAAAGACUAUUCACUACUUCGCCGUCGACGUUAGCCAGAAGCAACUCGCCAUGACGGUCGACGGCCUGCUGAUCAUGAUGGCCGGGUCCGAGUCCAUCUCCAUCAGCGGGCUAUAUGGCACGUACGAAGACCUCGUCCCCUACCUCGCGGGCCAAGGAGUGCAGGGGAACCAACUCUCGCGACGACCGAUAACAUUCCUAUGGAUGGGCAACAGCAUAACGAACUUCGACGCCCCUUCGGAAGCAGCGGCACUCCUGGCAGAUAUCCGCAUGGCAUGUAGCCAGACUCUCGGAGAAUGCAAAGCCAUUGUCUCUGUGGACGUUUGCCAAGACGCAAACUAUGUUGCGGAUGCAUACAACGUGCAGAUCCCCAGCCUAGAUACAUUUUUGAACAACAGCAUGGCCCAUGCAAACAAAAUUCUAGGAGCGAAUGUGUUCAAGGCGAACGAGUGGGGUCUGGAAAUGGUCCCCUGCGUCUCGGGAAUGGGCAUUGACAUGUUCUAUGUCGCCCGACAGGGGGUCUGUCUUGAUUUGAGUGACAAUGUCGUGAUUCGCUUCCGUAAGGGCUGCCGUGUGCAUAUUAUCACUAGCGGGAAGUGGCCGGGCUCUGUGCUCAGUCAUGUCGCUGAGCGGGCUGGGUUCAGAAUUGAGCAGGGGUGGAUGUGCAAGAAGGGUGCGUAUGGCGUGUUUUGUUUCGUCGCGAAUGCGUUCAAGGGCGGGCAUGCAUUGCUUUGUGCGGAGGCACCGGUGGAUCGUAAGAAAGCAUGA